AUGUGCAGAACACUCGUUACCUGGGUCCUCUUCCUUUCCUCUGACCCUGCACGAACUCCUACAUCUUCUCCUCCGUCCUUAUCCCGUACCCCCGCCUUGUCGCCGCCUCCACCCGCACCUCCAUUCUCAUCUCCACCUUCGUUUUCUUCUGCGUCCCUAACCAUUUCAACCUCAUUCUCUCCUGUCUCUUAUUCUUCCUCACCUGCGCUUCGACCUCGGCUAUGCCUGCGUCCGCUACCGUCUCCUAUCCGUCGCCCGUUGCCCCAACAUUGGAUCCACUCAUCUGGAACAUCAACAACAUCAACAACAUCAAUAUUACUGAAUCCUCUAACGGCCCCUGACUCAACUCCUAUCUCGCUUUCGAUCAACCAUGACCUGGAUCUGCGAUUGUUACAUGUUCUGGCCAAUCACUUGAACGGCGGCUACCGUCCACUGUCUCGUCCACGCCAACGUGUCCCCUUCUCGAUCUCGGCCCCAUGCUCUCCAUUUUCUCGCCCUCUGACGCAACAAAAGCUGGUCUUUGCGUCAGGAGCCGUGGGAACGGCUUCGGCGUUGGGCCAUGUGUUCGGACGACCGCUCCAAGCAAGAGAGACGGUCGCAUGUGCGCCCGAGAACUGUACGCAGCUCCCGACUGAAUUGCAGCAUUCGUUGGCCCAAAAGGCGCAGUCACCCUCACAUACCUUCCAGCAGCAGUGUUCUGUCCAUAAGCGGUUCCGCUUAUUUCGUCAGCGCCCACGGAAGUGUCCGGUGCAUUCGAUGACUGCAGGAGGACCCAACUUUAUUAUGCCGCCGACUACGGUCCAUCCGUUGGUGGUUCGGCCGGAAAAGAUUCUCUUGGACAAGUAUGAAGAUCCUGCGGUACAGGUACAUGUACAGACACAGACACAGAGUGCAAGUUGGAAAAGGACAAUGACCCCGUCCGCGUCUACGUCAUCAAAGCUUUCAUCCUAUUCGAGUGUCUCGCUUUCGUUGUCAUCGACCUUUGGACAGGGAUCGGAUGGCGAGAGCCAUGGUAGUGGAAGUUUCCAGAUGUCGCGGAAAAAGAAGUUUUCGUACAAGGAACAACAACAGCCCCAACUUCGGUGCCUGUGCUACCUGGAUGUGACGCUAGAUCAGCAACAGCAGCAGGAGCAGCGCCAGUACCAGCACCAGCACCAGCACCAGCACCAGCGUCAGCAUGAGGCUCCGCAACAGACAAAGACGCGUCUGUUAUCGACGCCAUCGUGGUAUCCAAAGAAACAUCAGAAAGAGGCGAGUCGGCUGAGGAGGAUAUGGAACGAUUCAACGAUCUUUCAUUGGUCCAAGCCCUCAGGGACGAGUCGACGCGGUCAGCUAUCACAGGAAGAGCAGUCGAUGCAGGGUUCACAGCAACAACACACUGUCGGAGCUGCGGAAUCACUGUUCGUACAGAACUCGGGAUUGGAGGGCGCGCCGAUGAGGAAUAGUCUGAGCGGGACAGAUAUCUCGGACGAGGGUAACCAUACGCUGACGGAUGUCGAGGACGAUUGCGAUGAUGAGGACGAGUCAACGUCCUCGACGAACAGCGGCAGCAGACCUCAGCGGGUUCCGCUUCAGGAGCAUUUUGGGACCAAGCCGACGACAAGGACCGCACGACCAGGGGAUGAUCUGAAGGCGAUCUCGAGACAUCAGGCGGAACUCAAUCAAGAACCCGGACGGUUGGAUUACAAUGAUUAUUUGAUGGAGGAUCAACCACCACAACAGGAAGGUCGUCCGUUGGCAACAAGUUUCGCAGCAGGCGAGGUGUUGGAUGAAGACGAUGAUGACGAUGAGGAUUGGGAUAUUCAGUCAGAUUCCGGAGCGCCGUCUUCGAGCCCGAUGUAUUCUGCCGAGGCCAGGGAACCAACCUCGUACUCGACCGUGACACUGCCGUUGUCACAACAGACGACGACAACGCCGAUGGCCAAGGGAGGAUACAUGAAGAAGCCAUCGAACGCGAAUCUGAACAGCUUGAGGAGUCGACAGAGGUGUUUGAGUCUGCCGGCGGAUGCGGGCCACAGGGGGUUCUAUAAGAUGUCCUCGAGACCAAGUGAGAACUGGGAUGAGGACUUUGAUAUCGAGGAAGCCGAUAUUAACGUACCGACGAAUGUGGUCGAAAGCCAGAUCUCGUUGCAGAUGGAUAUUUACAACAUCAAGGACUUUGCGCUCCAGAUCGAAGACCUGAAGACCCUUCGAACCUCACUAAGGAUGGCGUCGAAUUCGUUGAAGGCGACAAACCCAAAGAAGCACCAGGAUCUGUCGAUGUUGUUCCAGAGAGACUGGGAGCAGGCGGAGGUGAUCAUCGACCUUGGUGAGAUUGCCCAAACGUCAACUUCUCCCUCCCCUCUCCCUUCUCUGUCUUCGACUUCAGGAACCACCGGACCGGCGAUGGCGGCUGGACCGCUGUCGGCCAAGAAAUCUUCACAGCAUCUGCAGCAGCUACAGAGCGCCUCGAGUAUCGGCAAGGCGACGAGCCAGGGGCUACGACGACCUGCACUUUCGACAACCACAGGUCCAACGAUUGCGUCGUCAAUGCCCUCGCAUAUGGCGCUGGCCACUGCUUUGACAACGACCGCAGAGACACGGUCGAUCUCACAGUCGUCGACGUUGGUGGAUAGCGAGGAGAUGCGCUCGGUAACCUCCUCGCGUUCUUCUUCGGGAUUGACGACCAUCGGUGUUGAGCCUGCAACCGAGGGGUGGGCGAUCGGUGGUGAGCGACGACGACCCAAUCUGGGAGCUGCGGUUGCGCCGUUGAAGAAGCAAGGGUCAAAGAUGGUGAUGACCGAGAGCUUUAGUAACUCCUCCUCAGUUUUGGGUGUCGAGUGCACCACGCCCGCAACACCGCUCCCAGGGUAUUUGGAAAACCAGAACCAGGACCAGAGUCAAGACGAGGCCGGUGAGAAGUGGAAGGUUAUGUCGAGCGGUAAUGGAGUGGCCGCAGAGAUCGAGGCAUCCUUCCGACGGUACCAGAAAUAUAGCGGUCGACAUUCGCACCCUAAAGGCCGUUCGUCCUCUUCAGGCAAUCGCAGCCGAAUCCCUAGCUACGACGAUGAAUAUGAAGAAGAUGAUGACGACGAUGAUGGAUACGAGAGCUACGGAUACGGCGGUAAUUCCGCCUCCUCGCAGUCGUCGUCGUCUGUGGGGGUGAUCACACCGAUCCCAUCGGACCGACAUAUGCAGGUGCUGAAGGAUAUUCUGAUGGAGGGAUUGGGCAGGGAUGUGGCGAGACAGUAUAUGUUCAAGCACGGAGAGCAGGAUCAUGUGAGGUUCUCGGUCGAGGUGAUUCCGGGGCUGCUGGGACACUUGAAGGGACUCCAGCAGCGACUGGGGGAUCAGUUGAUGGAGUUGCAGGCCUUGACGAUCGUUGCAUAG